UUUUCUAACCAAAUUUAUCUAAAUAAUUAUUGAGACGGUUUGUAAAUAAAAAUAAAAUUUGAAAAUAAAAAUGGAACAAAAUAAUUCAAAAUUACGGAAAAUAAAUUUGAAACAGCGGAAAGCGAGCGAAAGAUUGGCGCGUGAUUUGAAUAUUAAAUCUUGCGAUGAACCGACAAAAUAUUUAUUACUUUGUAAUGCUGGACUAGUUACCGGAUUAAAACGUGAACUAUUAGAAUUAAUAAUAAACAAAAUAAUUUCAGUUAAUUACGAAAUAAUUAUGCCGCGGGGAAAAUCCUAUUGUUUUAUUAAAUUUUCGGAUGAAAAUAUUGCGGGGGCGGUUUAUGAAAAAUUGAAUGGAAAUUUCGAUGAAAAUUUGAAAAUUACUUUGUAUUUUAUUUAUUGCGAAUCAAUUCCGAGGGAAAGUGAGAGCGAACUUGGCGAUGAUCGACUUCCGGGUGGGCUGCAGGUUCUGGAAAAUUUUAUCAGUCGAGAGGAAGAGAAUCGAUUGUUGGAACUAGUCGACUGGGAGGAAAAUAACGAUAAUUCAGAACUUAAACAUCGGAAGGUUAAACAUUUUGGGUACGAAUUUUGUUACAAGACCAAUGGAAUUAAUCCUGAGCCUAUUGAACCAAUACCGGGAAAUUUGAAUUUUCUGUAUGAUUUGUUUGAAAAAUAUGAGUGGGGAAAAUUCAAAUAUGACCAGUUGACAGUUAAUAGAUAUUUACCAGGACAAGGCAUCCCACCGCACAUUGAUACCCACAGUGUUUUUGAAGACACAAUUCUAUCUUUGUCAUGCGGCAGUCCAUGUGUAAUGGACUUCAAACGUGUCAAUAAAAAAAUCCAAGUGAAUUUACCAGCCCGUUCAUUGCUCAUAAUGUCCGGCGAAUCACGUUACGCAUGGACCCACGGGAUCUGUCCUCGCCACCACGACAUUGUCCAACAAAAACAGUCUGAUAAAAUAUUAACCACCAGUGCAGAACGAGGGACUCGAAUAUCUUUCACAUUUCGGAAAACUCGGACAGGUGACUGUCAGUGUAAUUAUCACGAGUAUUGCGAUUCAAAAAAAUCUAAGAGACAAAUUGAUAAAUCCAACGCUCCAUUGCUGGAAUCUUCUUAUGUCCAUCAAGUUUAUGAUGAAAUUUCAAGUCAUUUUGAUGAAACCAGACACAAACAAUGGCCAAAUGUUAUUAAAUUUAUUGACUCCAUUGAUCCCGGAAGUAUAAUUUUAGACGUCGGCUGUGGUAAUGGUAAAUAUUUGACAACAAAAAAUGGAUUAUUUAAAAUCGGAUGCGACCGAAGCAGCGGACUCUUGAAUAUUUGCAUAAAAAAAUCAUACCAAGUAUUCAAAUCCGACUGUCUAAAAUUACCAGUUAAAUCAAAUUCCUGCGACGCUGCGAUAAGCAUCGCAGUAAUUCACCAUCUGUCGACAGCGGAUCGUCGUCGGGACGCGUUCAUUGAAUUGAUCCGCGUUCUCAGGCCACAGGGAAAGUGUCUGAUCUACGUCUGGGCUAAGGAGCAACGUCGCAAUAAGCAGGACUCCGCUUACCUCAAAUUAAAUCCUGGUAAAGUUAAAGACAUCAGUAAUAAAAAUAUUAAACUAUUUGAGGAUCUAGAGCUGCCGGUUCAUGAGAACAGGACCGAUUUUUGCCACAACGACGUCAUGGUUCCGUGGAAAACAAAAGAUGGCGGUGAAUUUCUCAGAUAUUAUCAUGUUUUUGAUGAAAGUGAAUUCAGAAGCUUGUGCGAGAGUUUAGAAGACAUUAGUGUGAGAGAUAUUUAUUAUGAUCAAGGAAAUUGGUGCUGCAUUUUGGAAAAAAAAAGUUAAAUAUUUUUUGUAAAAUGUAUCAAUAAAAUUU